ACUAUUUGGAGGUUUUGACACGCAUACGCCAGUUUAAAUCAACCUAUUCUAAUUAUUUAACAUGUUUAAGGGUUAUAUAUCGAUGUUAUGGUAUAUAUACAUUGUUUUCAAUAAUUUAGAAGGAAAUUAUGGCAUUUGUAGAUAUUUUAAUUUUAUAGUAUCUAUUCUAAUCCUCAUAUGGGCAGUUUACACGCCUUAUUCACCCAUCUUCUUAAUUCUCACCAAAUAAGAUCUGUUUAUAAACGCAUUGUGCAUCUGUACAUUUUUGCAUUUGGAGAGAUUUGUUAGAUCUAUACACCAGUAGUUUGAUUAUUCUGAUGAAAUACACUGACGUUUCGAUCGAUGCUAUCCCAAAGACAGUGCCAGAAUAUUGCAUUCAGACCAAGUAUUAUAAAUGUACAAACUUUUCCCCAUUAGAAUCAUUACAGGAUUGGUUGUGUCAAGAUGAAGUCAAUACAUCUUUCCAUUUCAUGGUGUUUGUUUUUUAGUAUUUGUGUAACAGGUGUCUCUUGUUCGGGGUAUAAUGACGUGCAGAAUCUGCAACGAGAGCUCCUUGCAAAUUACACACCAAACAUUCGACCGUUGAUCAACCAAAGCGAAGCUAUUACAGUGUAUGCAGAUUUUGGACUAAUUUCAAUUCUAUCAUUUGAUGAAAGGGCUGGUAUUUUAAAGACACGUUGCUUUAUGGCGUUUAGUUGGAUUGACGAAAAAAUAAGAUGGAAUUCGUCCAAUACAAGCAUAAAAAAUAUUAGAUUACCAUUAACUUCUGUAUGGGUACCCCAAAUCUUUUUUCAAAAUUCAGCAACUGAGCAAAUGAAUAUCGAUAGCAAAAGUGGAAGUCUUCUAUAUUUUUCUAAUGGAACUGCUCUUAAUGUGUUUGGAGGAUUCUCGACGACUCGAUGCGACGCAAAUCUUUUGUACUAUCCUUUUGACAAACACAGCUGUGAUUUGCAAGUUAUUAGCUGGUUGCCCGAUGACAAGCUAGUAAUGGUUUCCACGGAUUUUCCAUACGCGGCAUAUGAAUUUGAAAACAAAGAAUGGAGGGUACUGAAUGUGAGAAAAAGGCACUCGAUGUUAGCUAUAUCCGACAAUCAUAGUUUGAUAACAUUUACAGUAGAGUUUCAAAGGAGACCAGCGUUUUAUAUUCUGAAUAUCUUAUCACCUAUACCUUGUCUAGGUUUUCUGAAUAUCUUUGUCUUCAAGUUACCAGUUUCCUCGGGGGAGCGCGUGUCGUUUUCCUUAACAAUUUUACUGACAUUGGUGUUUUUCUUAAACAUGAUUGCUGAUACAUUGCCACCAGUGGCUGAACCAAUUAGUCUGUAUAACAUCAUGGUGAUGCUGGUUCUGCAAAAUAGUGUCUUUAUUGGAAUUUGUGUCAUUUUGUCAUCGAUGACGUACGAAAAGAUCAACCAGAAUUCCGAGGUUCCAGAGAAACUUCGCAAAUGGACUGCUUUGUUGUUGGCAUUAACAAAAACUACCAAUAAAAUUGAUAGUGUUAAAAUGACGAAGGAGGCCAAAGAAAGAACGCAGUGCAAGGUCAAAUGAAGAAAUGAAGAUAAUAAUUUUUCUAUUGAUCGACGUAUCAAAGAAAAAAUUGACCGGAAAACUUCAGCAAUGCCUUACUACACGGUGUAUGUACCAGUUCCUUGUCAAGACUUCAAAGGAUUCAAAACACAGCCGCUAGGAUUAUAACGCGUACUAGGAAAUAUGACCACAUAACACCAGUGCUGGUCAAGUUACACUGGCUUCCAAUCGAGCAGCGAAUUUAAUACAAGCUGAUCCCACAGGCUUUCAAAGCCUUACACAGAACAUCGCCAUUUUAUAUACAAGAACUGGUCCAGGUCUUCAAGCCAAAUAGGUCUCUGCGCUCAGAGAGCUCUAUGCUCCUUGUUCAGUCGCGUGCGCGGACUAGGUCGUAUGGUGACAGGCGGUUCGACGUGGCCAGUUCUACAUUGUGGAACAACCUUCCCCAAAAUCUUAGAUUAGAGGGAAAUUUUACUCGUUUAAAAAAUAAUUGAAAACUUAUCUGUUUCCAGACUAUUCUUAGGUAUUUACGCACAUUAAACUUUAUUUCAUUGAGUACAGAGACAGCACAGCAUAGAUUUUUACAUGUAAACAAAAUUUAUUGUUAUACUUUCAAGUAAAAUACUAAAAUCUGAUUGGUUAAGACGCAGUUCAUAAUCCGUUUUAUUACACUCAGCGUUAGCAACGCACUUAGCAACGGGUAACAUUACAAAUUGUUACAUGCGCGAAAAUUAUGCGUGUACGGUUCGCUGUAGCCUAUAUAAAAGCAGUAAAAUUUUCUUAAAAAUUAAGACAUUCAGUAUAACAAAAUAAAUAGUGCCUGUUUGGGAGGAUAACAGUUGAAAUUGACACCCCUCGAAAACCAUUGUC